AUGGCAUCCGACGACAGGGAAAACCUCCCGAAAUUCCUCCAGGCCAUGGAGUCCAUCUAUGGGCCAUUACCGGAAGCAACAGACCAGAAUCUCGCCAAAUGGACACCUCCGCCGGCGGCCGAGGGCCAUCGAGGCCGCUAUCUCUGGACCGACGGGUUCGCCGUCGUCAACUUCCUGACCCUGCAUCAGCUCACCAACGAGGACCGCUACCUCAUCUUUGCGAAGAACCUCAUCACCACCGUCCAUAACAUCUUGGGUUACACGCGCAACGGCAAAUCACGUCUGCCCGGCGCCACGGACGAGUACCCCCUCAAAGGGGGGCUCCGGAUCGGCAAACACGACGAGUCCGGCGAGGACGGCGAUGGCCAAUACUUCCACUAUCUCACCGUGUGGAUGUUCGCCCUCAACCGCAUGAGCGUGGUCAGCGGGGACAGAUGGUACAACGACCAGGCCAUCACCAUGGCACAGGCCGUCCUCCCACACUUCAUGUCCAACACCGAGUCGCACCGGCCGCGCAUGUUCUGGAAACUCAGCACGGAUCUCUCGCAGCCCCUCGUCCUGUCCGAGGGCAACCUCGACCCGCUCGACGGCUACGUCACGUACCAGCUCCUCCAGUCCACGAACCCUGACGACCCAGAGAUCCUGAGCGACGAGGUCUCCCUGUUCAAGAGGAUCGUCGACAAGAAACUCCGCGACUACACCUCCGCGGAUACUCUGGACCUGGGCAUGACGUUGUGGACCGCGCACUGGUGCACGCCCGAGGAGGAGUGGGCCACCCACCUGACGUCUCGCGCCAUCGGCUGCGUCAAGCAGCUGUUAGAGAACGACUACUUUGACCAGCCGGUGGAUCGACGCCUCGCGUUCCGCGAGUUCGGGACCGCGCUCGGGCUCAAGGCCGCCCUCUCCAGCGCGACCGACGAGGACGGCCUGUGCCGCGAAGACGAACUGGUCGACGCCGACAUUCGCGAACUUCCCGACUUGAUCUGCAGAACCUGGGAAGACACGGGCCUGGUUCCCGUGCCGACCAAGAAGAUGCAAGGGCGUAUGGCCGAGCUGAUGCCCAUCACCGCGGUCAUGUACGCGACUGCGCUGAUUCCGGGGCUGAUGUGUAAACAGUCGUGA